CCGCUCCGCUCCGAAGCCCAACCGAGGCGGCUCCCGGCAAACCGCCGCCCCUCGGCCCGUCCCAUCGGCCGCUCCCCGCCGCCCCGCCCCGUUGCGAAGGAAGCGGCGUCUCCCGUUGCUACGAUGGCGGCGGUGCGGCCACAGGAGCCGGGCCGCUCCAUGGAGCCCGGCGGGACGGACGGCGCUGCGCUGUGGAGGCGGCACCUCCAGCGCUCGGCGGGACGCGGGGCGGGCGCGGAGCUGAGCGCGGACAGAGCUGUAGCAGUGCCCUUGGGAUGGGAUUUAGAAGAAGAACGCUGGGCACUGAAAGAAGAUCAAAGGCUGCAUCGGAGCAGAGCAAGGAAGUACUUGAUGGAGACAAAUAGAAGAAGGAGAGCCUUUGAAGAAAGACAGAAGCAAAAAGAAGAACAAGAACAAAGAUUCAGAGAACGAGUCCUGCAACAAAGGAAAAUGAAAUUCUGGGAAACAACUGAGAAGUUCCAGCGCGCCCAUCUCCCUGCUUCCCAGCACAAGCAGAUAGUCCAGACAAAAGCAGCUUUUCAGUUAGAAGAAGCUCUUGAACAAAUUAAAGGAUCAGUUUUAACAUCAGGAUUGUGCUUGCCAAGCAGAAACAAAACUACCGGCAGAACCACAGAUGACACUUCAUACUCAUCAGCAUCGAGGAAUGGUUAUUCGCAUCAGGAGCAGAUUUCAGCAAUGGUUGGCUUGGACAAAACAAUGCAGGAGAGCAGCAGAACAAGUGUGGAUAAUAACAGACUUCUAUUCCAGAAAAAUCUGAAAGAAAUGCAGCAGCUGCUUGAAAAACAGCAUCUCAGCAACCUGGAGAACUUUCACGAAGAAGUCGAUAGGACAGACGAUUCAGAAAGCUUAUCAAGUCUUGACAGCCUGGAGGCUGGAGAACAAAACGCAAUUUGCACUCCACUGAGUGAACCAUCUUUGACUACAAGUUGUGACUGUGCGCCAUGUAUUCCAGGAAAGUCACAGAUUAGGAGCGAUGUGUCUUAUGCAGCUCAAAAUACUUCUAAAAACACACAUCUAAAUAACUGUCAGAGAAAUAUAGAUUCCCAAAACACCCACCAUGACUUACCUACUGAGGGCCUUUUAGCCAAACGUAACGUUCUAACUCUUGCAAACGAUACAGAAGAGAAACCACCUGUUCCUCACAGAUCUGGAAAAAAAGUUGCAGAGUUCUCUACUUCUGGCAAUCAAGAAAGCUCUGUAAAUAAAGCAUUUCCCAUUCUGCAAAACAGAAAAGAAGAAAGGAACGAUUCAUCUUCUGGCAUUUGUAGCACAUUAGCAACCAGUCCUUCAGUUUUCAGUUCUAGAAAAGCCUGGGCCAGCCCUGGUUCUACUCCAGGAGAAAGAGUUCAGGAUCUGAUGCAAAAUCAGAGCUUUAAAAUGACCCCACAAAAAAGAAGUAAAUCUGUGCAAACCUCCACUGAACCCAUUGCAACAUCCAGAAUAUUUCCUAAUCAGAGGUGUUUCUCUGGCAAUCCCAGCCCAGAUGAGGUGGUGCCAAAGAACAGAAACGUCAGCAUGGAUUUUUUUAAAAAUACUUUAGGAAAAGUGAUUGAAAGAAAAGAAGAAAACAUUAAAUCUAUUGAUGACAUCGACCAGAAAUCAGCUUUACUUCAGGACAUACCACAUGCCUCAGCUGCGUGCAAUGUUAAGAAGCAGAAUAACAAGGAGGAAGAAAAGGCUAAUGUGGUUGAAACUAUGUCAGUGGUGUCUGACACAGAGCUGGGUUUUGGCACUGCUGCACAGCACAGCUCCCAGAAAAACAGCAUUUACGACAGAAAAAGAGCAAAACUACUCAGUAGUAUCUUUAAGAAAGAGGCUGAAGCUGUGGUUAUGAACCACGGAAUCACUUUUGGAACUCGGCCUGUGUCUGAUAUCAGAGACAGCUUAGAACUUGCAAAAAGUAAAAAGAAGAGUGCAGAAAAUACAAAAAGUGGUAGAAAGCUCAAAUGGUGUGAUCAAAUCAACCAGAUAAUAGUAGAGAAUAAUGAAAGUUGCUAUGAGGAAAGCAUCAGUGAAAGAUCUGCACAGGUUUACUGUGUUCAUACUGUGAGUAAUGCUCCCUGUGCUAAUCCAUGUAUGGGUGCUCACCCUUCCAACACUACAGUCACAGAAAAUCGCCAUGAAAAUCCACAUAUACCAAAACCAAAUGUUAAUUCUGCAAAAUCAAAUAAAGAAUGCACCUCUCUGAAUAUGCUGAUGUCUACUGGAUUCUCUUUCCCUAAAAAUGUUUGGAUGGUAUCAAAACAUGAAGCAAGCGAAUCCCCAGUAUCCGCUAACGAUGAUAACAUUCACGAAGAGAAUCAACACAAAAAUAAGGCAAAAAUAAUCAGAAGUACAAGACCCAUAAGAGACCAGUUGUGUUCUGUGCCCAGGAGCCACAGAGGCCGUGGCACUGCAGUCCGAGUGCAGUCAGCCACUGGAGGCCGAGCAGCUCAGGGCAGGAUGCUGGUACCUCAGCCGCCAUCUGCACCUGCACCACGGAGCAAACGUGGCAAGAGCAGAGCCAGCCCAGCUGCGAGGCAGCCCCUGCCGUCUUCCCGUCCUCAAGAUACUUCUAUCAAUGGGAACUCUUUAAGUGAAGGGCAAGCUUGGCUGGCACAUCAGAUUUUAAAUAAAGGUACACCGGGAAGCAGUGAGAGCAGAACUUGUGGUUCUGAGGUGGCCACUGUGCUGUCCACUCAUCACUGCAGUACGUCCUGUGAACCUCUGGCAAUGCACAGUGGUUGUGUCAGCAGCAGGCCAACAGCCGGCUGCCAGCUCUGUUCUGUAACCUGCACUGAGCAACGUGCCAGCACAGGAAACACAUCACAUCAUGGUCAUAUCCCAACAGCUGAGGAAACAACUGCGUGGAAAGGGGCGCGUAUUGCCCUCAGCACCACGGACCCUGCUGCUGGUGUUGCUCAGCAUCGUAUGUCACAUUACAACAAUUCACAUGCAACUAAACGCCAGCCUUGUAAAGCUGUAUCCUGUAUUCCCACUGGGGACAGCAGCCAGAAGACUUGUUUCAAAGCUUCUUCUAGGAUGAACAAAUUGGGCUUUUUCCAUGCAAACAGUGUUGUUCCUGUUACAAAACAAAGGCGGAUUUUUAAUGGCUUUGAAAACAAACACGGAGCUUGUACAGACCAGGGAAGGCAAACUGUGGAUUCUAGAAGGUGGAAGCCUACUCAUCAUACACAGAAUUUGUUACGUACCGUCCAGCUGCGUCCUGUUCAGUCUGCAUUUGAUCCAGCACAAAAUAGGAAUUACACCUGUGAGUCUGAGGAAGUUUCAGAAAGCACUGCUCAGUUUCUUAUAGCAGAAAAACUAACAAGAACAGCAGCGGCAGAAGAUGAAAUCCUGGCAGCUAUGGGAAGUGUGCAACCAGCCAGACAGCCCCUGCUGCUUAACACAGCUCCACGUCGAGGCAUCAGUGCACUUUCAAUAGAAGAAGAGAAGAUUUUCCAGUCUCUUGAUCGUCUCAAUCAAAGGCUACUAAAUGUUCAAGAAGCAAUUGCAAGAAAUCCAUCUGUCUCAGGGAUUUUACAGAAAACCUCCCCUUUUGUAAGUGUUUAACUUACUUAAGUUCAGCUUUCCUGCACACUGACUCGAUAGUUUAUCUUGUACGUUCGAUCAUCUUCGUGGCCCUCCUCUGGACCUGCUCCAACAGCUCCGCGUCUUUCUUGUGUUGGGGGCUCCAGAACUGCAUGCAGAACUCCAGGUGAAGUCUCAUGAGAGCGGAGGGGCAGAAUCACCACCCAUCACCCUGCUGGUCACACUUCUGAUGCAGCCCAGGAUACGGCUGGUCUCUUGAUCUGCAAGAGCACAAGGCUGGCUCAUGUCUAGUUUUUCAUCAAUUUCAAUUCAAUUUAAUUCAAUUAGGGUAGCGUAGUUACCUUUAUUGGGCCUACACUGAAUCUUUUGUGAGCCUGUAGGUUUCUCUGGGGAUUUUUUCAAAGCCUGUCCUACUUUACAAACAUUACCUGCUUUCCACACAAACGUGUUUUCCUGUCUUGCAGUAGCCAGACUCAGAUGGCUGAUUUGUGACAAGAUUUCUUCCACAGAUUCUUCAUCUACAUGACAGCAUGAAUAAAAUACAAACACUAGGCACUGCUCAGGCUGCCCAGUCUCUUGAAGUUCUCUGACAGACCUUUAAGAGCCUCCCUUCCCAAUGAGUGUAUACGAGUAUAUACAUACUUAAGCAUUCAAAUAGGUGUGUCUGCCUGUAGAUAUAGAUGCUGAUCUCAUACUGGCUUGGAACUAUUCUCCAUGAUGAGUGAACAAUUGUUGUGCAAGUUCCCAGCUACAGAAAACAGGUAACUGAGAUUUCAUCUAUUCUUAUGCUAUGAGAAGCAAUGGAAUUUUGAAGUCUUUUCUUCAUUGAGAGGACCAUCUUCAGCUCUCUUAGUUUCAGAGCAUCCAGAUAAAGAAUGGAUAUUCACUCAGUAAUUGAUACAAAUAGCAUUAUGCCUUGUAAAGCCAGCGUUUCAAUCCAGGGAGUGGACAGUUGUUCACAUGGAACUGAAAACAGAUCAUGCAAUAUCAUCAAAGGAGGUUUCUUGUCUUCUGUUUUUAUGCUUGCGUUUCUCAUCAUUCUCCAUUUUUUAUAGAGGAUUCAGCAGUAUGUAUCCUCUCCUUUGGUGAAUACUGCAGCAACCUCACAGCAGUACCACAAUACAUCCACUAGCAGCUGCGCAGGAAAUAUUGCUUUCCAGAAGCUGCUCUGGGAUAUUGCAGCUCUAAUAUUUUAUAUGUAUAUUAUAUGACGCUGUAACAUUAGGCACAGAAUAAAGAUGAAUGCAGUAAUUUAAACAAUAAAUGUUAAUUGGUCGAUGAGCAUUUUUGGAUAAUUCAGUCUAUUUUACUUUGAACUUGAAUUUAAAGUCCUGCAUAUUAAAAGAAUGGAAAUACCUGAUAUUUUCAGUAUUUGUUUUGGUAGUAUAAAUUUCCAGUGUCCAUAAUUAAAGUGAAAGGGGAAAAAAAUCACUACUAAGAUUAUGUGUAAACUAUUCUCCUAAUUUCCUGCUGUGUUUUUUUUAGGAUUUACUAAUAUAUUUUGCUACAACUGUGAGUGAUAAAUUGUUAAAUUAUUUGAUUGUCAGUAAAUGACGCCUAAAGUUUCACCUUUGUUCAAAGAAUUCAAAGAAUAAAUUCAGUUUAUAUUGGUGGCCGCACUGCAAAUUGCUGUGUUCUGUCUGUUGCCCUUAUUCAGAGUUGUAUGUGAUGCCUCUCAAGCUGACUGUAGCCCCAGCAGCGUAUUUCUGCUUCUGCUCACACCACAGUGGCUCC